AACAGAAGUGAGGAGAACAUAUUUCAAACUAUAAGAGACUUCAGCUCUCAACAUUCACAUUCUACAUCUGCACUCUCUAACCUUGAAAUGUCCACCAAUGGGGGUAAGAUACUACGAACUCAUCAGAGACAUCAGCAGUUCUCAAGAUCCACAUUCCACAUCUGCUGUCUCAAACCUUGAAAUGUCCACCAAUGGGGGGAAGAUACUACGAACUCAUGGAGACAUCAGCCGUUCUCAAGGUCUACAUUCUACAUCUGCUGUCUCAAACCUUGAAAUGUCCACCAAUGGGGGAAAGAUACUACGAACUCAUGGAGACAUCAGCCGUUCUCAAGGUCCACAUUCCACAUCUGCUGUUUCAAACCUUGAAAUGUCCACCAAUGGGGGGAAGAUACUACGAACUCUCAGAGACAUCAGCAGUUCUCAAGGUCCACAUUCCACAUCUGCUGUCUCAAACCUUGAAAUGUCCACCAAUGGGAGGAAGAUACUACAAACUCUCAGAGACAUCAACCGUUCUCAAGAUCCAGAUUCUACAUCUGCUGUCUCAAACCUUGAAAUAUCCACCAGUGGGGAGAAGAUAUUACGAACUGUCAGAAUGAGCAGCAAUUCUCAAGGUCCACAUUCUACAUCUUCAGUCUCUUACCCUGAAAUGUACACCAAUGGGGAGAAGAUACUACGAACUCUCAGAGACAGCAGAGGUUCUCAGAAUCCACAUUCUGUGUCCACAAUCUCUAACCUUGAAAUGCCCACCAAUGGGGAGAAGAUACUACGAACUGUCAGAGAGAGCAGAAGUUCUCAAAAUCCACGUUCUGUAUCCACAAUCUCUAACCUUGAAAUGUCUGCCCCUUCAGACCCCAGUGAUGCUUCUUACGUGAUAGUGCCUGCAGAUUCCCAACAAAUGGCUCUGUCAACACAAGAGACUGAUGAAACUAAAGCAACAGGUAGACAUUCUCAGUCACCUUCAACAACUACAGUGACCAAUCAGAUGUCCAUGGAAAGCCCACAUACUAGAGAGAAGUGCAAAAAACCUUUCUGUACAUGUUCUCAAGCAACUGAGAUAGACAGGCAUCCCAAGACUUAUACCAGAGCCGUGGAAGGCACUAAACAGAUGAACAGCAGAUCAAACACAGAGAGCAAAAUACCCAGUUCUCACUUGGACAGUGUGACUGUUUCAAGAGUAUUAAUCAGAGAUGAAGAGAAGUCCAAGAAUGUAACACAAGCAUUCACCACCACUAACACUUCCAGUUCUUCAAGGCUUUCAUCCAGACCAGAAAAGACUGAACAAAUGGAUUUGUUGCGCAGGGAUUUUGUCGUCACUAAAGAAGCAUUUACAUUUUCCCAGGCUCCUACAGAACAAAAUGGUCAGCCACUGAGCAGCUCAGAAAUGGAGAGCAUUGCUUCCACCUUUUACACAGAGAACAGAUCUGACAGGAGUGGGAAGAGGAUAAUACAGACUCUAGGGCACACCAGUAGUUCUUACUAUCCAGAGUCAAUAUUCACAGCUUCUCAGAGUGAAAUACCCAGCAGUUCAGCUCUUACUGAUUCUUCUUCUGUGUUGAGUUCAGUUCAAACCAGACAAAAAGAUUUAUCACCUGGGUUCACCAUAGAAGCAGAAAGUACAUAUCCUUGGGAUUCCUCACAAGCAACAGAUGCAGACGAUAGCCACUUGAGAAGCAGUUCUUAUAAAGAGAAAAUUCCCACUUUUCAGAGAGAUGGUGUAUCUAUUUCAAGUCUAUCAAAAAGAGAUGAAGGUAGUACACUACGAACUGCAAGGGAUGUCAGCAGUUUUGAAAGUGACACACAAACAUCCGCUGUUGCCAAUACUACCAUCUCCAGCAAUUCAGAUUUUGCUCAUUCUUUUCAUACGAAAACUCCAGAAGAGAUUGGCCCAGAUUUGUCACCUGAAAACACUGAUUUUACUGAAGGAAUGCUUACACCUUCUCAGGCGCCUUCAAAAACAACAGUUGAAGAGAAUGGUCAGUCACUCAGCAGCCGCUCAAGUACAGAAGGCAUUUUCUCCACUUAUCACCUGAACAGCAUCUCCAUUUCAGUUCUAUCUGGCUUAGAUGGGCAGAGGACAUUACGAACCCCGAGAGAUGUCAGUAACGCUCACAAUGUAACACAAGGAUCCAUAGCCUGGCCCAAUGAAACAUCUAGUUCUUCAGGCUUCACUGGUUCUUCUUACCUGUUAACUCCGGUAGAAACAGAUUUAACUCCUCAGAUCACUGAUUUCACUGAAGGAACAAGCACACAUUUUCAAGCUUCUUCACAAAAAAUAGGUGUAGGAAGCAGUGAUCCACCAAGCAGCAGCUCGAAUAUAGAGACCAGAUUUUCCCAUUCUGAUCAGGACAGUGCAUCUGUUUCAGGUUCAUCAGACAGAAAUGAUGAGCUCACACGAUCAACUUCAAGAGAAAUAGAGAAAGUUUUUAAUAUAACCCAAAUAUCCAGUUCUAAGAAUGAUAACACCACUAGCUUAUUCAAUGUUGCUGAUUCUUCUUAUACAAUGACGCCAAAACACACCAGAGAAAUGAAUUCAUCAUCAUCUGGGAAUAAUGAUUUCACUGAAGAAGCACUUACAUAUUCUGAGGCUCCAUCAGAACCAACAGACACCCAAAGUAGGCCACAUGCCUUGAGCGACUUCUAUAUAGAAAAGACUGAGGCCACUCCGACUGAGAGUAUGUCCUCUUCUACUGUGAUCCAAGAUGAGACCUUUGGAUCUUUAACUAAUCAGAGCAGAUCCACAGACACAACGGAAUUGUCAAGGUUUGAUUUGAAAAAUGCUAGUUCUUCUGCGGUAAUCCAGACAUUGUCUGCCACAUUGCAAAGUAGAAAAGAAAAUUUCCCCUCUACUGAAACGGAUUUCACAGAAACCCUAGAACAGUCUUCACAUACUAUUUCAUCAAAAGCUUCAAGUUAUUCAUCUUCUACAAAAGAUUUUUCAAGCUCUACAGACCAUUUUCAAACCAUUAAGGGAUCCGAGGUGGGAAGAAGAUUUUCGAUUGCUUCAACAGACAGUAUCUAUCUAUCAACCACAUUUGUACAUGGGGCAGAAAGGACUUUACGAUCCCUGCCGGAUAACAGCACGUCUGAGGAUGCAGCUGACAGCAACCCUUACAAUUCCCAAACUUCCAAAUCUUCAGGGGAAAGCUUGACUUUGUCUUCAGAGCCUGAAACAGAAACACAUAAUGUCUCACAAAGUGAAGUGAGCCUUGGGCCUUCAACUGAGCAUUCACUGGAAUAUUCCUCUGGUGUUCCUACAGCCCUGUCACCAAAUGAUUCAGCAACUAUUAGAAGCACUGAUAAUUCAACUAGUGGGCCAAGAGUUUUGCAUUUUCAUACGAUCAGCACUGGUAGUUCAGCCCCAUUCAGUGAAGAUGAAGAGCAAACUACACAACCUACAAUUAACACUACAGUGAUGGAAGAGUCUGAAACUGUCUCAUCAUAUAUGGAAAAUUUUGACAGCACAAGAUCAAAACCUUCCUCAUCCAAGACAUACUCUAGAAUGACACAUUUAUCGGUAAAAGAUUUGGAUAUCUCACCAUCUUCAACUGAGGCUUUCCAAAUUCUUAGUUCAUCAACUGAUUCUUCUUCCAAAAGUGAACUUUCAGACACUGGAACAGAAUACCAACCAAUGAGUGGAACUGACUUUGGGAAGCAGACCUCUGUUUCUCAUACUGAUAGCACAUACACCUUAACUACCUUUGCCAAGGGUGGAGAAAGGACAUUGCUGUCUCUUCCAAACAACAGCACCUCAGCUGAUUCCUCAGGAAGUUCCACUUACUCUGUGGAAAUAUCCAGCGCUUCCGAGUCAGUUCAGUCUUUCUUUUCAAGUGAGAUGGAUUUUUCUGAAAAUUCAACAGAGCCUUUGGCAGUUCAUUCCCUGAAAACACCAGAGUAUUCGACUACAGUGAGUGAACCACACACAACUCAGUAUUACUUAGAAUCAGAAUCUGCAUCCACUGACAGCUUGUCAUUUUCAUCUUCCUCUACAAGGCUGUCAGAGCAGGAUUCACUUCCACCAGUUCACCCAUCCACUUCGUUUUCCUCAGCCAAGUCUUCUGUCCCAUCCUCUUUUUCUACUUUCCCGUUACCAUUAUCAUCAUCUCCACCCACAUCUCUAAUGACAUUUUCGCCCAUGUUCUCAUCCACAAAACCACCCACAUUGCCUUUCUUUCCCUCUGUGUUGCCUUCACUUUCUUCAACACCUUCGUUGUUACAGCCUAGUGAAAGUCUUGAAACAAGUGUUUCUAUGACUGAGCCUGAAGGAACAACUGGAGCAGAACUACGCACGACAGGAACUUCCCAUGGCGAAUACAACCACCCAACUACCGUGCAUCCAUUGGUGAACAACACUAUUCUGAUGGCAACUGGAACUUCUCUUCUGACUGAAAUUACUGAACAGCCUGCCCACCGUUCUUCACAAAGAACAACUUCCCAAGAGGAAACGAAGGGACGGACACUUACUUUCCCAGGAAUCAGUAUUGAGAAUGAACCCAUUACAACUACCUCUUCACCCUAUUUCCAGGAAAUGACCACUACUUCUGAGUCCGCAAAAGCAACUACAGCUAUACCGUUGCAUACAACCCCUCAAAAGGAUACUUUCCCUUCAUCAACAGUAACCAUAGGCAAAAAACCUACAGAAAUAACACACACACCUGGAAGAUUGCCUACUUCAGCAUCAACUAUGAAUUAUUUGUUCACUACAAAGCUUCAAAAAGUUCCAUUGCCUUCUCCUACUGAAAUAUCUUCUUCCCCUGGAAUUCCCCCCAAAAUGGUGGAAAAGAGCAGUAUGACUACUGUGAAAACCACAGUGCCCAGGGUUGUUAUUACCUCUUCUCCCUACACUUUAACUUCUCAAAAAACCACUGUUCAGUCUUUUCCUGCUUCACUGAUUCCUUCCGGACGAGCCACGACUGUGAAUCUAGGAAGCUCAAAGAUAUCUCCAACUGUCUAUGGAAAAGAUGUAGAUGAAUGCCUGCCUAAUCCUUGUCCGCCUAUGUCUACAUGCACUCGUGUACAAGGUUCAUUCCAAUGCAUUUGUUCCUUGGGCUAUCAGAUGGGAAAAGGAAAAUGCAACUUGGUAAGGACGUUUGUUGGUCACUUUCCACUAACAUUUAACACAACUGAAGGGACCUAUGCAGAACUACAUCAAAUUGAAAGUGUUAUCAUAAACCUGCUGAACGAAUCCCUUUCAACAGUUCCUGGUUAUUAUACUUCAACUGUUAAAGCCUCAAGGCAGGAAGGUACUGUUCAAAUAUCCAUCCUGAGCACCUUUUCCAUGGCUUCCAACGUCACCUUUUCUGAAGUAAUUGGCACAGUGCAAAGCCGGAUCCGAGCCUGCAAAGCUCCCACCCUACCCUGCCAGUUCAUCUCUAACUUGACCCAGCUCUAUAGAGUUGGUGGUCUAUGUAAACAUAAAGAUCCGGAAUGUGACAGAGGGACUUCGGUGUGUGUAGACUUGGAUGGCAUUGCCGUUUGCCAGUGUAAACCUGGGUAUUUCAAAUAUAACAAACUGGAUCAUUCAUGCAGAGCAUGUGAAGAUGGGUAUAAACUCGAAAAUGACACUUGUGUGAGUUGUCCAUUUGGAUUGGGGGGAUUCAACUGCAGGAAUCCAUACCAGCUUAUCACUAUCGUGAUUGCAGCAGCUGGAGGGGGACUUCUGCUCAUUAUGGGAAUAGCUCUCAUAGUCACAUGCUGCCAAAAGAAUAAAAAUGAUAUAAGCAAACUCAUCUUCAAAAGCGGUGACUUCCAAAUGUCACCGUAUGCAGAAUAUCCCAAAAACCCUCGUGUUCAGGACUGGAGCAGAGAAACCAUUGAAAUGCAAGAGAACGGGAGUACUAAAAACCUAUUACAGAUGACGGAUGUUUACUAUAUGCCAACUAAUCUAAGGAAUCCUGAACUAGAAAGAAAUGGGAUCUAUCCACCUUACACAGGUCUUCCAGGAUCUCGACAUUCCUGUAUAUACCCUGGACAAUAUAACCCAUCCUUCAUUAGCGAUGACAGCAGAAGAAGAGAUUAUUUUUAAUGCAGGUGAAAAAGGCAAUUGAGUGACAAAUGAGACCUUUGUAUGCAGCGUGUUCCCGAGUAUGCAGUCAUCAGACAAUAACUUGGUCACAACUGUGUACUUUCAACCUGUGGAAAAUCUCAGAAGGAGCUGCGCACAAGGAGCCACCUCCAGCUGAGCAGCAAAAAGAAGGCAGGUGUGAAAAGCAAGUUCCGUACGUCUGGUUGUCGGAAAGACAAGGAAGACAUUCUGCAUAUGUUCCUCACCACUAACUGUGUCACAUAAUGUGAACGUAAUAAUAGAUCGUGAAAGCAAAACUAACAAACACUGUGGAUGACACGCUAAAUCUGAUGCCAUUAGGGUGUGUUGUGUUUACAGAUAGCGACUAGUGUGCUAGGUUUGUGUUGCCCACUUUUUUUUUAUGCAAAGCUGGCUUGAAUGAAUGUUAUGGAAUGAACCUUUGCCCUGUUGCCAGGCGUCUACUAGGAGGUACUCGCAGCAUGUUGCUCACCGAGUGGUGGAGAUGGGUACGGGAAUAUGGCCUAGAGAUAUGGGAUCCUCAUGCAGAAUCCAAGGUGGGGUUUUAUCCCUCUCCAAAAAGGAAAAAAAAGUGAUUCCCCCAUGAUCUGUCCUGUCAUUUAGUUAUGGCCUACGUUUGUAGCAGUGCUGCUUAACUCAUUGCCCUUAUUCAUUCUUCCCUAUGCACUGCAGGCCAGAUGCAAAAAAGUUACAUUUAGUUAUAUUCUGUGGAUUGUUUCCGCUUUUCUGUCUAAUGAGGGUGUAGGUCUGUCUACGGAGAUUCUCAAUCAUCCAGGUCAUAGUUGUCCCAAAGGUGCUUUUUUUCCAAAAGGCAAUUGGACUUCCUUGGUUUUUUUCUUUGAAAACCUUUCACUUCUCAUCUAAGAAGCUUCUUCAAUUCUAACUGAAGAAGUUCUAACUUCAGUUAAAACUGAAGAAGCUUCUUAGAUGAGAAGUGAAACCUUUUCAAAGAAAAAAACCCCAAGAAAGUGCAGUUGCUUUUGGGAAAAAGCACCUUUGCGAUGCGAGUGUAUAGUAGGUCAUCUGCAUGUAAUACAAUCUUCUCUAAUAGAUUUCAUUGUCCAGAUCCUGGCCAAGGUUUUCCAGGUAUGCAAAGUUGCUCCUACAUCAUUUGAUAAUAGUAAAUGCACAAAAUGUACAAACAGAAAUAAUGCAAGACAGCUUAAUCUCGUACUGUAUAUUACUUAAUUGCUCAUAGACUUGUUUAUAACAUUUCCUGAUUUAAAAAAAAAACCUAUAGGAAACUUUGAUAUUUGUUCUAAACAAAUGUUAUUCUGAAAAGUGAUCUUUGUCAAGGUGUGGCAAGUUGAUAGGUAUGGUUGAGUGGAACUUGAACUUAAUCGUAAAAGUUCAUAAAUGGCGAAGGACCGGAUGCGCAGAUUAUUUAUUUGUAUUAGAAGAGUACAGAAUGUGAGCAAAUUGAACAGAAGACCAUGUGAUCAAUUCAACUUUGGUCCUUCAGAGUCACAAUGGAGUAGACUAUGCUUACCUUGUGCAGUAGUUCCCUAUCUGUAACACUGCACAAAAUGGUACAGAAAGAUAUGCCAUGAUCAGGGGUGGGUUCUACUUACCUUUACUUCCGGUUCGCAACGGGAUUGUGCACAGAUCGCUGAUGAUGACAUCCAGGGUGGUGGGCGGGGCCUCCCGCCAGUUUUACUACCGGUUCUUGCGAACCGGUCUGAACUGGGGGCAACCCACCACUGGCCAUGAUGCAGAAGAAAAUAUGCACGAUAGAGGCUACCACAUUCAGUUUGCCUCCAGGAUUGGCUACUCCAAAUAGAAUAAUGAAGUUCCUAUGAAGUCCCUGGAACUAUCCUCUAUGGUUAUACCUAAUUCUGUAAUCAAAGGAGUAGACAGUUUAGCACUGUUGAUAUUUGGGUGGGCAUACUAUGGCACCCAUGAAAUAGUAAGUGCCUAGUAAUAAAAUACUCAUUUAGACAAAAGGCAAAGCAAUGAGAUACAUCCAUUCACCAAUUUGUUUAUUAAGAAUGCCUCUGGCGUCUGACUCAUUGUCAGAAAUAAAAGUUGUUAUUGUAGGGUGCUACUUUGCUUUAGAGUAGACUAGUUUCACAUUCAUUGUUUCAAAUUAAAAUCCAGAAGAAAAAAAGAAAGCUUUGUGGGCAUCAAAAGGCACAAUAUUAUCCCUAGCCAUAAUGUUGGACAUCCAGAAAUUAUAACAAUUGUCCAAGGUAUUUCUGGGGAAAUUGAUUGUUUCAAGAGGCUAAGAUAAAACUAAAGCAUCCACAUCUGUGCUCCUAAGCAUACAUUGGUCCUCUUCUAUUUAUAGACUAAGCAGGGUCUAACAAUGGGAAAGGUGGAAGGAAAGAGAAGAGGGCAACCUAUAGCAAGGUAGAUGGAGUUAGUAAUGGGUGCACCACUGAAAGACUUGAAGGGCCAAGUUAGGGAUAGAUCAUCUUGGAGAAAUUCUACGUGGUCACUAAGUAUUGGGACUGACUUGAUAGCAUAUAUGCAAUCAAAGUAGAUGAACUAGUUUUCCCCAACCUAUGCAGAGACUAUAAUAGAAGGUUAUUUUCUUAAAACACCUGGAACACACCAGGUUAGGAAAAACUGUACUAAGCAGUCUCUUCCGUUUUGUUUCAGUCCGUAACGUCUCCAUUUAUGAAAUGAUGUAGGAACAACAUGUUAACAGUUGUUAACAAUAUUUAACUGUGUGCUGUUCAGAUUGCUGCCUUCUAUAUUGGGAUUUGCUGCGUGAUGAAUUUAAGACUGUAGAAAGCCCUCUAUUAUGUGAAGAUUUCCCCCCCAAAGCUGAUUGGACUAGAAGACCUCCAUGGUCCCUUCCAACUCUGAUAUUCUGAUCCUGCUUGAUAUGGAGUAUAAAUGAGGAAGUAUAAAUGUGAACUCCUGGAUCCAGCACAAAAUAACUUGGGGCCGAAGGGAUGGGGUGGGGGAGCCUUCCAGCAUGCAGUCAAAUUGUAUUUGUGCUGCAUCAGGAUUGCAUAUAUACACCCAAAGAGAUGGUCAGUACUGCAUGAGCUAGCAACACUGCCCAUACUAACCAUCUACUUGAUAGCUCCGGUAUCAACAUGGCGGGUCAAAGUGUCUCAAGCAGGACUUUGUUUUUAGACAGCAAAAAAACAAAAACAAAACAGUUGUCUACAUUGACUUUCCAAGAAAUGUGUCAUUCCCUUAGUUUAAACAACCGAACUAUUUCUUACACCAUCAGUUUAUACCACAAGUUUAAACAAAAUAUCUAAUUCCUUAAUUUAAUCCUCUCAAUUAAUUCCCUCAACCUAUUGAGUGAAUCCUGCCAUUGGAUCUCCUGGAGAUUGAGGUUUUGUACUAGAUCAGGGGUGUCAAACUCAAGGCCCGGGAGCCAGAUCCGGCCCGCGCAGUGCUUAGAUCUGGCCUGCGGAGACCCCUGGAAACAGAGAAGGACUGGCCCGCGAUGCCUCUGCCAGCAAAAAUGGAACUCAGGAGGGCUGUAUGACAGAGGCCGUCGCAGCUGAAAACAGCUCACACGGGCUUCCCAAGCUCCGUUUUCUCUGGCAGAGGAUUGCAGGAGGCAGUCACAGCCAAAAAUGGAGCUCAGGAGCCCAUUUUCACUCUUUUCAUAAGAGUGCUUGGGCCGCCACAGCUCGAGUGACGUCGAGCUAGCCAAGGCCCCCCCGUCCCCCCAGUUCAAACACAAUCCUGAUGUGACCCUCAAUGAAAUCAAGUUUGACACUUCUAUACUAGAUGGACAGAUUUCAUAUAGUGAAUUCUUAUAAUUUUGGCCAACCAUCAUUCUCAAUAUUUCCUUGGGGACAACCAUAACAAUUUCUUAACUUGUCAUAAAUAGGCACACAUUUCUACUGCAGAUGUAUUCUUCGAAGAUGAUAACAAGCUCUGUGGAGUUUAAUUUUGUUGCCAAGCAACAAAAAAACCCUUCCCUGCAUAAAGGGGACCCAAAGUAGUUAUUAAUUUAUUUAGCUGAAAUAAUUGGAUUUUUCCAGGUGAUUGUCUUGAAUCAUCAUUGUUUCAUAUCAGUGUGCUGAAACUGAUAUUUAAAAAACCUUAAUUGGGUUUUAUUUAUUUACUCUUUACAAAGGGCAAGCUUGACUAUUUUGAGAAAAUAUUUAAGGUUAUGAAUAUAUGUACUUACGUGAAAUAAGUUCUAUCAGACCAAAUAUUUUUUCUCCCUUGGAGGCCUGGCCUUACGAUGAUAACAUAAAUAUCUAUAAGUAUGGGCACAUUAAUUCAGGGGUGAUCAACUAUGCUGACCCUCCUCAUUUCAGCUGCAUUAAAAACUGCCUAGUCCUGCUUUUCUUUGUGAAAUAUAUAAAUUAGAUAUUUUUUGCACGAAAAUAAUAAGCACUGAUUUCUAUGAAAUUAGUUAGCUUCACAGAAAGUUCUCCAGAGAAGCAUGUAAUAUCUUAUAUCACUUGUUAACUCACGAGUAUGUGAAAAGUUUGAACCUAAUGUUAAUUUUACAUGAAAUCUUCUCUGUCUUUUAGUUUUCUUAUAAAAUUUACAUUUGUCACUUUUAGUAGGCCACGCUCAAAGCUGCAUAUGAUACCUUCAAAAAGAAAUCAUGCCUUGUGUUUUUCUCCAUGAUGACCCUGAAUUACUGACCAUCAAUGACUUGUAAUUAUUGUAUUGUACAUUGUUCAGCUUUGCAUAUUUGUGAACAUAUCUUCCGAUUUGUUUUGGUUAUUUUAAUUUUCCCACACAGUGUUAUUUAAAAUCGUAUCUUAUUUGCAACCUUCAGUAAUUAUACAGUAAUGUAGUUUCUAAAGUAUAAUUUCUAAAAAUUGGAUUAUUUUUAUAUCAGUGUCCAACAUAUCUGAACUCUGGCGUUCUAGUCAGUAUGUUAAAAAAAGGCUACAAUAAAAGUAUUAAUAAUA